UCGGUCACCGACCACAACUGGCAACAAAGAAAAAAGGAGAAAGACAAAGCUACUGAACCUCAGUAGGAACCAGCUCAAGCUCUUUGCCUCCUGAUGAGCCACGGGCGUCCCUCUGAGACCAAAUAGGAUGUCUGUCUCGGGAAAAAAGGAGUUUGACGUGAAGCAGAUCCUCAGGCUUCGCUGGCGUUGGUUCAGUCAUUCCUCCCAGACAUCAGCGGGAAACGGGGGGUACAUCCAGCAAGAGGGGUUCGACCACAGCACCACGCCGAUUCAGAGCCGCUUGAAGAGUCACUCCCGGGACAGAGGAGGACUUCGCAAAAGCAACAGCCCGCUGCAUGGCAUUCUGCCUCCUACAAAUGGCCCCACACCUGUCUAUGUCAGGUCAGGAAAUCAAUCAUGGCACCAACAGAACAUCAUCCAGCACAUCGAGGACUCUCCGAAGAACAGCUCACCUGGUAGUGGCAGAAAGGAGAAUGGCAAGAUAAGCCUGGAUUAUGUCAAGAGCAACCCGGAGGAGCUGCCUGAAGAGGAAGCAGCGGACAGGCUGACAUUGAGCAGUUACUCUAAAAUGAGCUCCAACUGCUCAGACGAGUUCUUUCAGGCUACGAACCAUGCAGAGCAGACAUUCCGCAAGAUGGAGACCUACCUGCAGCACAAGCAGCUGUGUGACGUGCUUUUAAUAGCUGGUGAUCACAAGAUCCCUGCUCACAGACUUGUAUUGAGUGCAGUUUCAGACUACUUUGCUGCUAUGUUCACCAACAAUGUGCGAGAAGCAAAACAAGACGAGAUCAAAAUGGAAGGCGUUGAUCCAGAGGCAUUAAGAUCAUUAGUUCAUUUUGCAUAUACAGGUGUCCUUGAGUUAAAGGAAGAGACGAUUGAGAGCCUAUUAGCGGCAGCAUGCCUGCUCCAGCUCUCACAAGUUAUUGAGGUCUGCUGUAACUUCCUAAUGAAACAACUGCAUCCUUCCAACUGCCUGGGGAUCCGCUCGUUCGCUGAUGCACAGGGCUGCAUGGAUCUGCUGAACGUGGCUCACAACUACACUAUGGAACACUUUUUAGAAGUUAUUCAGAACCAGGAAUUCCUCUUACUUCCUACAAUGGAAAUAAUUAAACUCCUGUCCAGUGAUGACAUCAAUGUUCCAGAUGAAGAGACUAUUUUCCAGGCGCUGAUGAUGUGGGUGCGCUAUGACAUGCAGCAACGACAACAAGAUCUGGGAUUGUUACUUGCCCACAUCCGCCUACCCCUUCUGCCACCACAGCUUCUUGCUGAUUUGGAAAACAAUAAGAUGUUUUCUGAAGAUCUGCAAUGCCAAAAGCUACUUAUGGAGGCCAUGAAGUACCACUUGUUGCCAGAGCGUCGGCCCAUGCUACAGAGCCCAAGGACCAAACCACGCAAGUCCACUGUGGGGGCACUCUAUGCAGUAGGAGGCAUGGAUGCUUCAAAAGGUUCCACAACGAUAGAGAAGUAUGACCUGCGCACCAACUCGUGGAUCCAGGUUGGCGUCAUGAAUGGCCGGAGGCUCCAGUUUGGUGUGGCAGUCAUCGAUAACAAGCUCUAUGUCGUGGGGGGAAGGGAUGGCCUCAAGACGUCCAACAUGGUGGAGUGUUAUGACCCCAUAACUAAAGUGUGGUCUACCAUGCCUCCUAUGUCAACCCACAGACAUGGACUAGGGAUCGCUGUGCUGGAAGGGCCGAUGUAUGCGGUGGGAGGCCAUGAUGGAUGGAGCUAUUUGAACACAGUGGAGAGGUGGGACCCCCAGGCUAGACAGUGGAAUUAUGUGGCUAGUAUGUCUACUCCUCGCAGCACAGUUGGAGUCACUGCUCUUAAUGGGAAGCUCUUCGCAGUAGGUGGACGGGACGGUAGCUCCUGUCUGCGCUCUAUGGAGUGUUUUGAUCCUCACACUAAUAAAUGGAGCAUGUGUGCACCAAUGGCAAAGCGGAGAGGAGGAGUGGGCGUGGCUACCUACAACGGCUUUCUGUACGCGGUUGGCGGCCAUGACGCCCCAGCUUCGAACCACUGCUCCCGUCUGUCAGACUGUGUGGAAAGGUAUGAUCAAAAAACGGACACAUGGACCACAGUGUCAUCCCUCAGUGUGCCGCGUGAUGCAGUGGGAGUGUGUUUGCUCGGAGACAGACUGUAUGCAGUUGGCGGCUAUGAUGGUCAGUCCUACCUAAACACGGUGGAGUCCUAUGAUGCUCUGAACAACGAGUGGACCGAGGAGGUGGCGCUGAACAUCGGCAGAGCUGGGGCCUGUGUGGUGGUGGUGAAAUUGCCUUGAGCACUUGGGCCAUGCUCUUACUACACUCACACCAGCAGUGGAAGAAAAACACAAACUCAAGAUCAACUCUCGGAGACGUUUAAGUCAGAGUUGGAAUGUUCUUUCUUGUUCGUUCAUGUCUCACUUGGAGCAGCGUACUACUGAGUAUUGCCUAAUAGCUGAGCUAUUUAGUAGGUGGUAAAAAACAAUGUGAAUUCAUUAAAUCCUUGCAUAUCACACUUUA